UUCCUCCUUCAAGAAUGCCGAAAUCUGCUACUGUGACGGCUAAAACUAAUAAAAAUAAAAAUUUGAAUGCUGCUUCGGUUGCCAAGAAGCAUAAAGGUUCUGUCAGUAGUUUUAAGGCAGCUGCUUCAAAAAACAAGACAAUAGUGAAAUCCAAAGCAACUUCCCUCGAAAACAAGGCUAAAAGUCUUUCCAAAGUUUCUAGUCAAAGUGCACUAUAUCAGAAUAGCACCGAAGAUCCCAAAACAACAGAAAAAAGAAAGAAAACUAAGAAUCCACUGUUUGUUAAACGCCCUAGAAAUUUUGGUAUUGGGCAAGAUAUUCAACCACGUCGUGAUUUAACCCGUUUUGUUAAAUGGCCGAAGUAUAUCCGAUUGCAAAGACAGAAGGCAAUACUUUUGCAGCGCUUAAAAGUUCCACCUUCACUUAAUCAAUUUAAUAAAACGUUGGAUAAGCAUACGGCUGCUGAGCUAUUUAAGUUUGCAGCGAAGUACCGACCUGAAACGAAGCAUCAGAAGAAACAGCGUUUGCUUGAAGCGGCUCAAGCUAAAGUCGGAAAUAAGCCUAUUUCUAUGAAAAAGCCUGUAGUACUAAAGAAAGGCGUUAACCACAUAACCGCUCUUGUUGAACAAAAGAAGGCUAAACUUGUUAUGAUUGCUCACGAUGUAGAUCCUAUAGAGAUAGUUGUUUGGCUGCCCGCUCUCUGCCGCAAGUUUGGCGUCCCCUAUUGUAUAGUUAAGGGAAAAGCCCGACUUGGCUCUCUUGUGCAUCUUAAGACGGCCACAGCUCUUGCCGUUACUGACGUUCAUGAAGAGGACAAGGAUGCUUUCAGCAAACUUGUUCAAGCUAUUAAUGCUAAGUUUACGGAAAAAUGGAACGAGUAUCGUAAGACUUGGGGUGGUGAAGUUAUGGGUCAGAAGUCUCGUGAUGCUGCUGCUAAACUUCAGAAGCUUAAAGCUCUUGAACGUUCUGCAAAGACCCGCAAGUUAAAAGCUGUUGCUUAG